AUGAAAUUAGGAUAUAAUGAAAUAAUGAUAGUAUCAAUGUAUUUUAAUGAUAUUAAUGAUUUUAUUAAUUUAGAAUUUGGAGUUAAAAGAUUUCAAGGAAAUAUGGAACGAUUUCAUUUUAAUCCAAUUCCUUUAAAUAAUUAUUCAAGAAAAUUAUUUACUAAUAUUGAAACAUUUCAUAUUUAUAAUGAAGAAGAUGAAAUAUUUAAUGAUGGAAGAAUAUUUAAAAAAAUAAUAUGGUAUAAAGUAGAUUAUUCAAAAUAUUUAAAAGAAAAAGAAACAGAAAAUAUAUUUAAAAAUAUCGAAUAUACAGAAUAUGAUAGAAAUAAAUAUGGAAAUAUAAUACCACUAGAAAUUAAUUCACUUGGAAAUUGGUGUUUUUAUAACUGUUGUGAGUUAACAACAAUUAAUAUACCAUCAUCUGUUAGUAAAAUUGGAAAGUAUUGUUUUAAAGAUUGUACAUCACUGAGACUUAUUAACGUUCCAACGUCAGUUAGUGAAAUAGAAUACAAUUGUUUUGAUGGCUGUACAUCAUUAACUGAAAUACAUAUUUCAAGAAGAGUUAGUAAAUUAGGAAAUAAUUGUUUUAAAGAUUGUUACUCGUUAUCAAAAAUUAAUAUACCAACAUCAGUUAGUAAAAUAGGAGAUAGUUGUUUUGAUGGAUGUACAUCACUAACUAAUCUUUCUAUUAAAGAUGUGAAAUAUAUCAGUAAAGAAAGAAUAUUUUUGAAUGAACCAGUGUUAGUUAGUAUCGAAAUACCAAAAAAUUUAAAACAAAUUAAUGGGAAAGAUAUAGAAAAAAAAGAUAUCAAUAAGUUUGUUAUACCAUCCACAAUUACAAAAUUUGGAUAUGGGUGUUUUGAUAGAUGCCAUUCAUUAAAGAGUGUUAAUAUUCCUAAAACAAUAAAUGAGAUAGCAAAUGAUUGUUUUAUGAAUUGCUUAUCAUUAACAAGUAUUAACAUACCAACAACAAUUGAUAAAUUAGUAAAACGGUGUUUUUGUAACUGUGUAUGGUUAAAGGAAAUUAUUCUCCCAACAUCAAUCAGCAAAAUAGAAAAUUAUUGUUUUAAAGGAUGUUCAUCAUUAAGUAGAGUAACAAUACCGAUAUUAGUCAGUGAAAUAGGAAAUGAAUGUUUUUAUGGAUGUAGGUUAUUAAAAGAAAUUGAUAUUCCAACAACAGUAAGCAGAAUAGGAAAUAGAGAUUGCUUUUUUACAUAUUGUAGUUCAUUAACAAAUAUUACUAUACCAACAACUAUCACUAAAUUAGGAGAUAAAUGUUUUAUGGGAUGUUCAUCAAUAAAAUUAAUUAAUAUUCCAACAACAAUAAUUGAAAUAGGAACUGAAUGUUUUAAAUAUUGUUCGUCAUUAAGCAGUAUUAUUCUUCCAUUGUCAAUUAAUGAGUUAAGGGAUGAGUGUUUUAAAGAUUGUUAUUCAUUAAGUGAUAUUGAUAUACCAAUAACUAUCACCAAAUUAGGAAAUAGUUGUUUCAACUGUUGCACAUCAUUAACGUCAAUAAAUAUACCCACAACAAUUAGUGAAUUAGGGCGUAGUUGUUUUGGUGCUUGUAGGUCAUUAAGUUCAAUUAUUAUUCCAAUAUCAAUAAACAAAAUAAAAAAACAUUGUUUUUAUGAUUGUUCUUCGCUUACAUCUAUUAAUCUUCCAACAACAAUAACAUCAUUUGAAAAAGGAUGUUUCUUUGGUUGUUCUUCCAAACUAAAAAAGAACAACAGAAUUCCUAAAAGUGCUUUUAAAUAA